AUGGCGUCCUCGCAGCUCCAGCAACAGGCUAAGCCAGAUGUCCUGCCGUCUCGCAGAUCAGAGUCCCCAGGCAGAGCUGGCCCAAGCACGGAGUAUCAUGCCAACGCUGGGGGCCAUGCCACAGGGCCUCAGGUCAAGGAGGAGGCCAUUCAAACUGAACCGGGCAUACUGCUCGCCGAUCUCGACGACGACACGCUUAUCAUGAAAGCGCAAGUAGUCGUGAAGAAACGACAGAUUGAGCAGCUCUGGGCGCUCAUCGAGUCCCAGAAGAAAUGCAUCCACUUCGCGGAUGUGCAGGUCGUCCAGCUCGAGAGCUACGCGCAGCGCCGUGGCUUCGAUGUCGAGGCACCCAGGCGCGAGUUGGAGGAUGAGUUGGAGAAUGAGGGAUUCGGCUCCGAGGGUGUCGCUCACGACUCGUCGGACGGUGACUCGGACCACGACAGUGAAGAUACGGUGAUGACGAAUCACGAUGCCUAG